AUGAUUUCUCCAAAGGUGCAAGCGCCGCUCUUGCUGGUGGUGCUGGCAGACUGUCUCCUCGCGGCGGCCCGGAAGGACCAGGGGGCGGCUGGCAGCGCAGCGCCGCCGGCCCUGGACCUCGCGAGAGGCUCCUCGGGCCGUUUUGUCAGCCCUGAGCAGCACGCGUGCGGCUGGCAGCUCCUGUUGCCCACUCCGGGAGCUGCGGCGGGCAGCGAGCUGGCGCUUAGCUGCCAGGGCCCGGACGGGGCGCGCUACCAGUGCGUCUAUCACUGGCAGCCGGAGCUCUGCGCCGCCUACGCGGCCCGCGGCGCGCAUUACUGGAAGCAGGUGCUGGGCCGGCUGCGCAAGAAGCGGCUGCCCUGCCACGACCCCGCGCGGCUCAGGGUCCGCCUGUGCUCCGGCAAGAAGGGCCACGGCGCCCAGCUGCGCCUCGCGCCCCGCGCGUCCCGGCCCGCGGGCUCCACAGCGGCUGGCUUCCCCCGGAAGCCCAAACCGCGGGUCAGGGGCCUGGAGUCCGCACCUCCCGCGAGCACGUUGUCCAAAGAGAAGCCCUCUGAGAAGAAGACCAAAGGGGGCAAGAAGAAGGGGAUUUUGAGCCCCGACGAAGAGCGACACAUGGGAACCGGGCUGGACCUGGACGGGCUGGACCAGAACGCGGAGCUCACAGAAACCUACUGCGCUGAGAAGUGGCACUCCCUCUGUAACUUCUUUGUCAAUUUCUGGAAUGGUUGA